CGGACGAGCCGGUCUCUGGCAUGGACGUGCGCGGGCUCACGCAGCUCGAGCGUGUUGGGCUCAUGUUCCGCGGCGAGUUUCUCUCGCGCACGCUUGUGCUCUGGGUCGUCUGGAUCUGCCUCGCGUUCUCGUACUACGCCAUUUACGUCUGGCUGCCCACCCUUCGCUCCAAGGAACCCGGUGGCUUCAACCUCAACGGCUCGACGGGCACGAUGAUCUUUAUCAUCUUUUGGCAAUUCCCGGGCUACUUCUCAGCCGCGUACCUUGUCGAAAUCAUUGGCCGCAAGCUCACGCUCGUCAUCUACCUCGUCGGGUCGUUCAUCGCGGCCAUGGCCUUUGGCUACGUCGAGAACACGCAGACCAACCUCAUGAUCACGGGCGCCUUCAUGUCGUGGUUCAUGCUCGGCGCGUGGGGCUCGCUGUACGCGUACACGCCCGAGAACUACCCGACGCCGAUCCGCGCCAUGGGCGCUUCGUAUCCCGUGGCCGUCUGCCGCAUUGGCUCGAUUGCCGGCCCGUACAUCGUGCCCAUCAUGAUUGAGAACGACUGGUCGAGUAAGUCGAUCAUGUGGGUGUGCGCGAGCUGCCUCCUUGUCGCGUCCAUCGUGCUCCUCGUCUUUGGCUUCGAGUCGCGCGGCCAGAACGUCGAGUCGGCGCCGAUCGUCGAAGCGUACUUGAAGGAGAAGGCGAUGGGCGAGGCCGGCCCGAUCCUCACGCCUCAGUUUGACCAAGCCUAGAGCGCCGUGUCGUAGAGAUAGAUGUACAGCCUGCCAUGAUAUAAUAGACGUUUUAAGUUACCUUUUCCAC